GAAAAUGGAAGUUUUCUCAAUGGUGGCCUUCUUCACUGUUGCACUCAUCAGUGGAUUUCUUUAUUACAACGUUGACUUCAAUACAGUUCACGUCGGUACCUAUUCAGGAAAGCCAAACUUCAUCAUAAUCUUGGCUGAUGACAUUGGAUGGGGUGAUCUUGGUGCAAACUGGCCAUUAACUAGGGAGACACCAAAUUUGGACAAGAUGGCUAAGGAGGGAAUAAGAUUUGAGGAUUUCCAUGCAGCUGCCUCUACUUGUUCCCCAUCUCGGGCUUCUUUAUUGACAGGGCGCCUGGGGUUACGGAAUGGCGUUACCCAUAAUUUUGCUCUAAGCUCAGUUGCUGGCUUGCCACUGAAUGAAACUACGUUGGCAGAAGUUCUAAAGGAAGCCAAUUAUUCUACAGCAAUAAUUGGUAAAUGGCAUCUUGGACAUCAUGGUGAUUACCACCCUAAUUUUCGUGGCUUUGACUACUAUUUUGGAAUACCUUACAGUAAUGACAUGGGUUGCUCAGAUGAUCCUGGGUAUAACAUUCCUCCAUGCCUACCUUGCCCUAGGGAUUCUGUUAAGGAAAGCUAUAAACACAACCCGUGUACUACAGAUAUAGCACUGCCUCUCCUUGAAAACCAAAGGAUCAUAGAACAACCAGUUAAUCUCAGCAGCUUGGCAGAGAGAUAUGCAGAAAAAGCUAUACAAUUCAUCCAGAACGCCAGGGAGAGUUUACAUCCAUUCUUCUUGUACUUUGCCCCAGCCCAUAUGCAUGUUCCUUUACAGUUCAGUUCUCGAUUUGCUAACAUCUCCAAACGUGGUCCAUAUGGAGACAGUCUACGAGAGCUGGACCAUGUCAUUGGGCGGAUACUGGAAGCAGUUAAUACAGAUUUUCAUAAAAACACACUUGUGUGGUUUGCUGGUGACAAUGGCCCUUGGUCUGAGAAAUGUGAAUUUUCUGGAACUGCAGGCCCAUUUGUGGGAGCAUGGCAGACAAACAAAGGUGGAAGUUCAGCAAAAAAGACUACGUGGGAAGGUGGCCAUCGAGUGCCAGCAAUAGCGUAUUGGCCAGAAAAGAUCCCAGCUAAUAGCACAAGCGGCUCACUGCUUAGCACUUUAGAUAUAUUUUCUACCCUGAUUUCACUGGCAAAUGCAAGCCUGCCUCCAAACAGACGCUAUGAUAGUUUGGAUAUAACAGAGGUGCUGUUGGGCCAGUCAGACCAUGGUCACCAGGCUCUAUUCCAUCCAAACAGUGGAGCAGCUGGACAAUUUGGGGAUUUGAAGACAAUACGUCUAAAGCAGUACAAAGCUUUCUACCUCACAGGUGGUGCCAAAGCUUGCAAAGGUAAAAAAGGGCCAGAACAACAUCAUGACCCACCUCUGAUUUUCAAUCUGUUGAACGAUACCGCUGAACUCCUACCUUUGGACCCUGUUACUCCGGAGUACCGUGCUGUCCUACCGCAGAUAAAGGUGACGCUGAACAACAUUCUCUUGGACAUCUCUACAGAUAACAUCUCCUUGGCCGAUUAUUCACAUGACCCAGCUGUGAUUCUGUGCUGUCAACCAAAGCAUGUAGUGUGCAGGUGUGAGAACUGGACCUGAAUCCCCUUUCUUUAUUUUAAUUAUUAUUAUUUGGAAAAGGUGGUUGGUGAAAUGACAGGGAUUUCAAACUUGAAAAAGAAGGGAAAUAACUGCUAAAAUUGGGCAAUAAAAUUCUGCAUGGUAAGUAUCUCUUAAAUCAGCAAAUAUUCCUUCAUAUAUCAUCACAUAGAUUUAAAUGGAUUAUAUAUAAACUAAAUAAUAAAAUAAAUUGAAGUCAUUUAAAGCAUUAUGUCCAGCAAACAUAAGAGCAUGUAUUUCUGGUGUGCUGUCUGACUGGUGUAAAAUGUUUUAUUGACAGUGCUGUGGACCAGCUGGGUAAGAGAUAUAGCAGAAACUCACAUUUGGCAGCUGCCUAUCGUACUUAUCAACUACCUUGGGAGUGUUACAGCUCCCUCAUGGAAAUACAUUCCAACUGCUCCCCAUGCAGAUCCCCACUGGACCUGAUCAAUAAUCUCAACCUUUCAUACAGCCUCAUACAUAGCUCCAGACUUGUCUUGCACUCCUGUAUUUCAUGGCCUGACUGAGCUGAGGAUCUGCAUUCCAAAACCCAAAAUGUUCCAUGGAAAGGACCAAACACAUGAGCCACAGAUGAAUUAGGGGAAAGCUAUUGAGUGCAAACUCACAUCAGACAAUCCACUGGCAGAAACGGGUGACCUGCCAACUGAGAAUGAAAGAAAUGACACUACCAGUUUUUACUGCAUCUAUUUGUCUCCCAUUCCCAGUCACGCUGUUCUGUUUGAGAUGCCUCUCAAAAAUCCACAAUAACUCUGGCUAAGUCACAUGUUGCUGAGGUCAACUAAAGUGUGGAAUCCUAAAUUCUAGAGAUGGGUUACAGUGGGGGAACAAGGAACAGAGUGCUACUCAAAUCAGUAGGCUUGUGUCAGGCAUAGGUAACCUCCAGUAUCAAGCAGAAAAAAGACUAAAAGUUUGCUCAUAGUUGGAAAUGGGCGGAAAAAUGCUCGUAAAUCCGACUAAAUAUACAGCCUAUAGUGAAGGUUUUACCUUUUUUUACUUUAUCGAUACUUUGUAUGUUUACAAUCACAAUUUUUGGGGAGAGCCAUUAGAAGAGAAAACUGGGGAUUAUGAGAUUAUAUACUCCCUUACCUCAUCCAUACUUUAUCAAAUACACAUUGGCUUAUUUUAUGGUAUGUCAGCCAGUGCAGGAAAAAAGGAAAAAAGGAAAAAGAUUCUGUGGAAGGCAGAAAGCUACAAAAUUAAUGACUCAGGUUGGACAUCUCUAAAAAAGAAGCUACUAGGUCAGCAUUAGAAGGAUUCAGAGUAGAAAAAUUGGUCCUCACUGUGCCCAUUAAAGCAGAGGAGAAAAACCCAGUUUAACAGGGCUAUGUUUCAUGCCCCAAGGAUGUCUGAAAUACGUUUGAUGCCCCGCUAGUCUUUCCACCCCACCCCCACUAGAGCUG